AUAUGUCUGUUGAUAUGGUUGUAAAUAAGCAGAGUGUGCCAAUCACAGAUAAUCAAGUUGCUGGUUCAACAAGUAUUACUGUAGUAGGACAGGUGAAUAAUGACGAGCCAAACUGGGCAGAUUCCGUUUCGGCAGAGUCUCAUUCAAUGAAAAGCUUAUCGGAUUACAACCGUUGUCCAACAGUGGAAUCCGUUUUGCAAGGUACGCCAGGCAGACCACAGGUUGUCUUAACUCGUUUAACAAUGCGGAAGACAUCAGGAACCAUAAUCAAAUGUUCAACAUCAACGUCAAUCACAUCACGUCUGGCCAGAAGAAAGGCGAUUGAAUUUUGUAAGCUUGCGGAAAUAAAACAACCAUCAACGACGCUCACUGAACGAUUAACUUGUCAAGCGGCUGUGGAAGGACGACCCAAAAGAAUGUUAAGAUGCACUUUGUGCUCGAUGCGGUUCGUGAGCACACCGUUGCAGCCAUUGUGUGGCUGUCAAUGUAGAAACGAUUUGUAAGAGCAAAUCAUGUUUUCUAUUCACGA